UGUACAUCCACCAGCUUCACAAACGUCCUGAGCGGGCAUGAGCCAUGUCCUUGUAGGGAUUUCAGCAUGGCAACGACUGCCUUGGUGCGUCAAGGCGUCCGGCACGCACCGCGGUGCAAUGUUGCACCACCGAAGCUGGGAAGCUUCGACGCUGUGGUGUUGGGGUCGGGAGUGUCAACUGCUGUGCCGCAGCUUUCCCACAUCUUACAAGGACAUUGCGAAACUGCCAAGGCGGUUCGCAAAGCAGAUGGACUGACUGUCUGUGAGGAUGCUCAUCAGAAUCCAUCUUCAAAGAAUCGACGCUUCAACGUCUCCUUGCUUCUGCGAUAUAGCCCUCCAGAUGGGAGCCGGGUCCGGCACGUGAUGGUGGAUGCAGGGAAGACUUUACGACAGGCAGCACUGGCAGCACUGCCACAAUACGGUGUGAGAAACAUCGAUGCCUUGCUGGUGACACAUGGCCAUGCUGAUGCCAUGCUCGGCAUGGAUGAUUUGAGGGAUUUGCAGGUCAUCGAGAAGUUCUGGUCCGAAUCCGGGGAACAUAUCGGCUACCAACUGGCAGACGGAGCUGGCCCCAUGCAGAUCAUCUCCAACAAAGUCACAUUGGACCGGGUCCGUGAGGCCUUUCCAUAUUUGGACGGAAAUACCGACUUUGUGCGUCCUGGCGUCCUUCGCCGGCGCAUUGCCUACAUCGAGUUUAUGGAGGUUUCUGAUGACGAGACAAUGGACCUUGUUGGUGGCUUGCCGCUCCGUGUGUUUCCUGUGUGGCAUGGCGGUACAUAUGUGUCGCUGGGCUUUGCUUUCGGGGGGAAGCUCAAAGGUGGCUAUCCCCUUGUUUACAUUUCGGAUAUCAAGGACGUUCCACCCAAGACGAUGUCCUUCUUGAAAGAAGCCGCCGCUGUCGGCAUCGAUCUGUUCAUGGUGGAUGCCCUUUCAAGAUCCGGUCAUCCAACACACAUGUCCUUAGACGAAGCUCUGGAGCUGGUCCGCAAGCUGCGACCGAAGAGGACUUUGUUGGUGGGCAUGGAUUCCUGCGCGAUGGGAGAUCAUGACGAGGUCAACGAAGAGCUUCGAGCGCUGCAGCGCGAAGGCUUGGAUGUGCAGCUGGCCUUUGAUGGGCAACAUCUUCCAGAGUUCCCAGCGAGGGACUCUUCAGACAAUCCAGGCAACCGUAAACAUGAACAACCAGAUGCAAAACGUCUUCGUGGAGAUAAGUCCGCUUUGUAAGAAAAGAUCAG